AUGCCCUCCUCUUCUUUCUCCCUCCCCAACAUCGGAACUGCCAAUCUCUCUGCUAUCAUCGCCACAUCUUCCCUCUACAUCUACUUAAUCGCAUUACAUCAACACCAGCAAAAAACAUUACUAGCAGACCAGGAACGCGAACAAGAACGUGUGCGGCUAUCUCAAUUACAAUCUCAGAAACAGAAACAGAAAAUCCAAACACAACCUCCGAAUUCACGAGGAGGAUACACCGAUUCACAAAGUUCAAGUGGAAGUAGAACGAGAAGGUAUUCUGAGAAUCAAUCGCAAAUCGGAAAUCGAGAUCAGAGACAAUAUUCCAGUUCCAAUCCCCAUCCCAAUUCAAAUACACACACAAAUACACAUCGUCCGCCCCCAUUCAGCAAGAUGUCCAAAACCUUUUCUCCCUCGGAAGUCGCCGCUCAUAAAGAUGCCGAAAAUGGCAUGUAUUUAAUUAUCGAUGAGAAUGUCUAUGAUGUUACCAAUUUCCUCGAAGAACAUCCCGGCGGUGCGAAGAUUCUCAAACGUGUUGCGGGAAAAGAUGCUUCGAAACAGUUUUGGAAAUAUCAUAAUGAGAAUGUGUUGAAGAAGUAUGGGGAGAAAUUGAAGAUUGGGGCGGUGGGGGAGAAGGCUAAGUUAUAG